AUGACCGUCGCCGUCACCGGUGCCACGGGCUUCGUCGGCCGCGCCCUCGUGCGCGAGCUCCAGGCGAACGGGCACGACGUCCGCGUCUUGACCCGCGACGCGUUCGCCGCGCGGCUCUCGAUGCCGGGCGCGGCGCUCAAGGGCGCGAAGUUUUACGCGAACGACACCGCGAAUGGCUACCUGCGAUGGUUCGACGCCGUCGACGGGUGUACCGGGGUCGUCAACCUGGCCGGCGCGUCCAUCUCGAACCCGUGGAACGAGGCGUAUAAGAAAACGCUCGUAGAGUCGCGGUUACGCGCGACCAAGCGCGUCGUCGACGGCAUAAACGCUGUCCCGAAAGACCGCCGCCCCACGCUCGUGUCUUCCAGCGCCGUCGGGUACUACGGGACCUCCAAGACGAAGACGUUCGACGAGAACUCCGCGCCCGGGCGUGACUUCCUCGCGCGCCUGUGCGUGAAGUGGGAGCGAGAGGCGAAGAAAGCGGACACGCCGACGACGAUCGUGCGCACCGGCGUCGUCCUCGAGAAGGGCGGCGGCGCGCUCGGGAAGAUCUUGCCCAUCUUCCAGCUGUACGGCGGCGGUCCUCUCGGAGACGGGUCGCAACGCUUCUCGUGGAUCCACCGCGACGACCUCGUCGCGUUGAUCGUCGCGGCGUUGGAAGACCCGGAGAAGUACGAGGGCACGCUGAACGGCACCGCGCCGGAGCCGACGACGAUGAACGGUCUGUGCGAAGCCGUUUCAGCCGCGACGAACCGCCCGAACUGGCUCCCCGUGCCCGGCGUAGCGCUGCGAUUGCUCCUCGGCGAGGGCGCGACGGUGGUGUUGGACGGGCAACGCGUCGAGCCGAGGGAGACGCUUCGGCGGGGGUUCAAGUUUUCGCACGAGACAGUGGAUGACGCCCUGUGCGCGAUCGUGCGCGGCGAUAGCAGCGGGAAGAAGAAGGGAGAGGAGGAUGAUGAGGAGGAAGACGUCGUCGCCGUGGACGAAGACGACGAAGAGGAAGAGGAAGCGGAGGCGGCGGCGGUGGAGGAGGAGGAGAUCGUGAACGCGUGA